CAAGACAGGCUCCCUCUCUCUCCGACAGCAUCACUCAUUACCAGGACGGAAAGCAAAGAAGACGGCAGAGAGCAACAGGAGUUGAGCGAGGCAGCCCAACCGAAGCAAUAGAACUAACAGCAGCAUGCCGCCUAAAUUGCCAAAACUGGUGCCAUGGCAUUCUCCGGCGGAAUUCAUUCAAAUGCACCAAUGGUUUUAUCCUCAGCUGGCCGAGGAUGGUACUCCAGAUAUCCGAGCUCAAGAAUGUGCCCUGCGACGAGUCAAAGCAUGGGAGGCGCGCGGAAAGCUGCCGCACGCGAUUGAUUCGACCGCAGCGUUUGUAUCGGCUCAAGUGCGAGAUUGGACGCAAACAUGUUCGGACCAGGACCUGCGGCUCAUGUACUCGAUGGUGUUCAUUCGGUUCGUGAACGGAUAUGUGGAUGCGUUCCAGUCGUCAAAGUCUGCGAAAUCUAUUGCGUAUUUGGCUGUGGAGAAGGUCGGAAUGCCAGUUUGGUUUGUGGAGCUCCGGCAUACAGCCACGCAUGAUUACUUGCCGAGUCUGACGAUCCUUAGGAGUGCUACGCAGCAGGCAUUAGCAUGGAUCAAUGAUAAUUACUGGAUACCGCAGUUGGUUUCUGUUCGGAUGGACGAGAUGUUGACACCAGAAAUGCUGACGGCCUUAUCGGAGGAUGUACGCCAGAUGAUUGAGAACUACAAACAGGAGAAGGAGCGACAGAUCGAAGCAAAUACGAUGCCCCAGCCAAAACAAGAGACCGUCGUGAUCGGACGGCUCGUACGGGACCUCAUCAAACGCUGUCGAUCAGGAGAAGACCUACUGGCAACCUUAAUCCCCAUUAUGCUGGAACCAGGAAUGUUGAUCCCAAAAUCUAAAAAGAUGAGAUCAUCCGCUCGAGAUUUGAGCCUCGAUAACUUGGGGCGGAUGGUCAGCUUGUGCUGGAUGCCGUUGAUGACUAAGCUGCACACGGAGCUGAAGGCCACGAUUAGUACCGAAAACGGAGAGCCACUCUCGUUUUGGGUCAGUCUCAUGGACGGGAUGCUGGAGAAACUGAUCGAGGCGAACAAUGCGGCACAGGCAGCGGCCUUGCCAGCAGCUACGGUCGCAGAAAAAUCGGCCGCCAAAACGGGCAGCUAUUUUAUUACGAUAUUGGCGUGGAUGAAACACUUGAUCAAGCUGCACUACUCUGAGCAGUUGAAUCCAGUACGAAGCGGAAGGACAGUCUCGUCAUCAUCAUCUUCGCCAUCACUAUCAGGACAUAACUCGCCACCGUUCAGUUUACCCUCUUCAACGCCUCGACUCUCAAUUGCGGCUAUGGCUUCACAAUUAGUUGCUGAGAACGCGGCUGCGAGCCAGGGACCAUCCAUGUUUGAAAAUGACGAUAUUAUCAAUAUCGUGGAGGAUUGUCUUCAAAAUAUUCUGGUCCAUGUCAGCCCCUUGAUCCGCUCGGUUCUCAAUACUGUCAUCGAGUGUGAUUCAGACAUUAAGGAAAAAAUUGGCCCUAUCCUAAAGCAGAUUGAUCAACGGAUCGUCGCUGGAAGUUCAGCUGCAACACCAAUGGGAACUGUGUCAUCAGCAUCAUCUUCGCCAUCAAUACCAUCAGAAUCGACGUCCGUAGGAGGAGUAUGGCAUGAAGGUCCUGCAGUCGAGCUUCAGAGCGAGGAUACCAAUAUGGCGUCUGAAGCAGCGCCUGAGACGGACUCAGAAAUGGGAGACGGCCAAGCAGCCGAACAAGGCGCGGAUGAUCAGGCAUCGGCGCAAGCUGCCGCUGCUGAGCCAUGGACGCUCUAUGACGCCGACGAAUGGCGGCCAUGUCCCAUGGGCUGUCUUCCUGGAGGUAUCAUACCUGAUCUGUCAUUGCCGUGGGACCUGGAUAGUCCGCCAAUAGCUCGUGUAAUGAUUUAGACCACUGCGAAAAUAAAAUAAUUC